UGAAAAGUGAGCGGCAAGCUGCAUGUCCGAAGUGCAUGAGAAUUUAUUUACAUCCUCUUGCUAAACUUAGAAAAAUUAAUAUUUCCUUUUUUUUUCCAUUUUUAAAACAUAAUUAGAUGUUCAAAAAAGAACUGAAGCGGCAUUUGCUGUUCUUUGUUCAUUCUUAAACUAUGGUUGACGAUGAUGAAUUUGAGCUUGAAAACGAUGACUUUUUAACUGAAACUUUUCUCAGCAUACCUGACAGUGAAUUGGUGGGUCCUUCGGUUUCGGAACAUUCCAUUGAAUCCGAUUGCCAACCCAAGUGUGAUGUGAUUGUCGGACAGUUUGAAAAUUCCAGGCAAUGUAUUUCCUCCGUUGAAAACCGAGAAAAUGUAGCCACCGGAGCUCUAAAUUCAUCGUCUGAGGAAGAUGUGAGAUUAGACAAAAAUACUUUUAACACUUUAGUUUCUUCUACCCCAUUAGUAAGCAUCAACAAACAAAAACAAUGUUUCAUUCAUACCCCCGAUAAAGAGUCCGGAGACAUCUUCUGCUCGAAGAAUGACAUCAAUUAUCCAUCAAAUGAGAAAAAAGAAAGAUGUUUUGACUUUUUAAAGCCAAAUAUUCAAGAUAAAUCUUGUAUCAAAUCGGACACAUCAGUGAAACAGACAAUUGAAAAUAAAUCAUACCAUCUUGAUGGCAGUUUGUUUUCAAAUAAGCUUCUUUCUGGAGUUGUUUCAAGUGCUAAGAAAAGAAAAUUUUCUGGACCAGCUGGUCUUCUGCCUGCAACACAAGAUGAAGCAUUGAUGAAGCAACUAUGUUCUUCUGGGGAAACUCGCAGGUCAUCGAUUGUCUCCAGUUACAAUAUUGAUUAUCAACAGAACAUUGCUAGUUCUCAGUAUACUCCUGAAGCUUUGCAGGGUAGUCCAUGGAAGACACUUCAAGCAGAUGUUUCUUCCUGCCUACAUAACUUUUCAAGUGCACAAAACUUCAGCAUUCGUCGAAUUCUCCUUGAGUCAUCAAAGAAAAAAAUGCCUAAGUAUAUGGUGAUUCCAUUCCUUUGUAUUUUAAUCAAAAAAAUCAGUGUGAAAGAUCCUAAUGCAAAAUCAGUUUUUAUGGAUGAAACAGGUGAAAUAAACGGGAAGAUUGACAAAGAAGUGAUGGAAAAAUAUAGCAAAGAGAUAGUUGAAGGCUCUGCUGUGAUAUUAAGGAAUGUAGGUGCUCAAUUUAUUUGA